UUGCACCGCUACAUCCGCCGCUCUGACCUGACCGUUCUCCAUUGAACUCUCUCCUCCAAUCCGUCAUCAUGGUCGUCUACUACCAGAUCGCCGGCAAGCAGGUCGGCUCCCACGUUGUACGUCUCCGUUGCCGCCCCGUUGCAACCCUCCCCUGUCCCGGGACCAAUCUCUGCCGAGGUCAUAACAUCGGCCGAUGGCACACCCUGCCAGCUGCCUGGGAACUCUCACACUGACUACUUGACUCUUUAUAGCUCGCCAUGAGCGUUCUCGGUGCUCUCUUCGGCGGUGUUGGUCUCGCUACCCGUGGUGGUGGUCAGCCCAAGCCUGCCACCCCUCCCAUCCAGGCUUCCUCCAAG